CAAAUCUUGAAUAUAAAAUAACCAACAGAGAUCAUGAAAAAAAAAUAUGUGGAAGUGUUUUAAAUUAGAGAAAUUGCACCCAGUAGACACAAAAAAAAAACAAAAUUCACUAACUAACUAAAAAUACCCUCUCUCUCCUACUUUCUCUUCCUAUCUUUCUCUAAUCUUUCUCUAAAAAUCUAAUUUUAUUUUUUUUGGCUAUUUAGCAAAUAAGCCCUUUAAAUUAUGUGGGGACUGGUCAUACAUAAUUCAUCAAAAUAUCAAAAUUUUGCAUACACUCUUCUUCUUUAACGCCCUUUGAAUGAUCAUAUAUCGUCGCAAUUUGAUUUGUAGUUGAGAUGUAUUUCUUUUCUUGUUGCUAUAGGAACUUUCCAGUGAAGUUAGCAUUCUCCACUAGGACCUCUUAAUGUGAUUUUCUAGCACACAAAUUUUAGGAAAUUUACGGUAUAUUUUAGGAAAUCAACGACAACUUAUUUUAAAAAUUCUUAUUUCAAAAAGAUAGAUUUUGUAAAUUCUUUUAGGCGGUAUAAGGUUUAUAAGAAUAUAUUCUCAUACAUACAUAUUUAAGUGUAUCUGUAACUUGUAAGUUACAAAUUCGAGCUUUAAUUAAACUUUACGUGUAUGCUAAUGCAUAAUCUACAUAAUCAAAAGAUAAAAUUGAUCAUCUUUAUUCGACAUUUUGCAUUUGUUUUCUUCAUUUAGAUAAUUAUGUAGGUUUAAAUGAUUAUAUUUAAUGUGGAGAAAAUAACAAGAAUAGAAGUUAAGCAUGUAAAUAAAUGGUUUUAAGUUAUGUCUUGAUGUUACAAAAAAAAAAGUUAUGUCUUGCUGAAUUGUUAUUUGGUGCAUUAGUUGGUCAUUAUUGGCCACGAGUGGUCACUAGAAAAUGUUUGGACCCACUCAUAACAAAUUUCAGGACCCAGCUAUCAAAUUAUAUCGUGUUUCUGUCCAAAUAUAUUUAAUUUUCUUUGGACAAUAAGAUGUUUUUAAAAAGGUUAUGUUAGCCACUAAACUCCGGUUCGCUCUUCGCAAGCUUCGUAGUAGAUACGUCUAUUUUGUGUAUAUGUAUAGUUAUGAACUGAACGUAUGUACUUGAAUAAGAAAAAACCAUACAAUAUUUCUCAAAGAAAAGCAUCCAAAUAUUUUUCAAACAAGGUAUAGUAGAUUUGACAUAUGUUGUAUCACGCACAUUCGAUAAGAAUCUAAGUGUUAUUGAUGGUCAGAUGCAUCUUUCUAAAAUUCUUGUAACAAGCCAACGCUUCUUUCUGUAGAUCUCUCUGCAUAUUUUGUUAUAGUAUUUUCCACUGAACUGUCAAUUUGAUAUAUCAAAAAGGGUUUUGAACGAUUUUUGUUUCUUUCUAAAUAAUCUUUUUUUAAUAUAUACUUCUUUAAAAAAUGAACUGAAAACCAAGUGUAGAGUCACAUGAUGUUGAUCAUUGAGGCUGAUUAGACGAAGGUUUGUGUAUAAGGGGCAGUUUCUUGCCUUCCACAUACCUUUUUCAAAGAAGUUUUUCAAUUAUAGGGUUGAUGAAUACAACAUGGUAAAUAUCAAAAUAAGAACCAUUUUAAAGGUUAAGGCAAAACAAGAAAGUUAUAAACUGAAAGCGAAAAACAUAUUAAAAAGUAUUUAAAACCAAAACUUGAAAUAGAAAGCAUCCACCAACUAAAAAAAAGUAAAAGGAAGCUUCACAUAUAUAUCCAAACAAAAUUAGUGGCGAGAACCCAUUUUAGGCGAGAAUGGUUAAUCUAACUAAAAACAAUACUUAAUUCUCCAAACCAAGAAGGACAAGUAAGAUAACAUCACAAAACCAAAACAACCAUAACGUCAACCGGAACAAUAAACAGCCUCAAUUCUCCAAAGAAAUCUCCAACGCCAAGCAAAUAGGUGACACAAACCUGGUUAACUAAAACCGCGUACAAAGAUGCAACACAGGGUCAUCUCGAAAUUUAAAGGAUCAUAAACAUUUUAAAAUAAAUUUGAAUAAAAAAUUACUAGAAUUUGACGUCAUAUGGUCUAUCUAUAUUGUUAGUUUAAAAACAUUUGAGGGUUAAACCAUUUUGCUUUACCCAGAACCAAGGCCGGCUAAGUAGAAGACAAAGGGUGUGAGUGCUCCGGAUCCAAAUCCGUAUCUUCCCGUAUAUUAAUAGUUAAGGAGUCUAAUUUCUUUUAUAAAUCAAUAUUUUUAUAUAAAAAAAUCAUAAAUAUAAUAAAUAAAAUUGAAAAAUGCCCAAAAAUAUUUGAUAUGUAUAUAGUUUUAUUUGUAUCACAAAAUAUACAAAUAUUACUAAUUAAAAUUUAAAAAUAGUUUAAACAUUAUAUGAAUAUAAAUCUUAGAGAGUAAAAACAAUUUUUUUACCUUAAAACUUAUAAUAGUGUUAAGCUGGCCCUGCCUAGAACUGGCCAUACACGCAUGGUACAUGCAAGAGGAGAAUCAGAGAAGCUUCAAUAACCUACCUGAGACAACGCAUGCAAUAUAAGGGAGAGAAGAUAUGAAUGAGGGAUAAUUCGGAGACGAAGCUUUGAACAUUAAGUAAUCAAAUAAUUUCCUUCAAAAACUGUGAAACUAUGUCAAAUAAUUUCCUUCAAAAACUGUGAAACUACGUAAAAUAUGCCGUUUAUUCAAAUGAUCUAUGAGUAUGUAAUUUUGUAUGGUUCUUUUUCACUCUUCUGAUUAAAUAAAUUAGGAUUUAUGAUUAAAAAGGAUUUUUUGCAUAAUACGCUCUACAAUAAUAUACACACUAUCCAUUGGACCCACUUGUCCAUGAUGCAUUCCUUUUCUAUUUCUCCAACAUUAUAAAACACUCCUAACCCGUCCUCUUGCUUUAAACCAACUUCUUCCCACAAAUAAAAUUAAGUAUACGAACUCUUUCAUAUUCAUCUCUUACUCUUAGAAACCAAAUACAUCAAUGAUUCCGGCGGAAAUCACCGGAUAUUAUCAAUAUUUAUCGCCGGAAAACUUAGGAACACUCCCGACGGAAUUCAACAUAAUAAAUAUGCCCUCAUCUCCAACAUCUUCCUCUUCCUUAACAUACUUAAAUGAUCUCAUCAACAACAACUACUCAUCAUCAUCCAUCCGUCAAGAUCUCAUGAUGGGCAACAACUCAACUUCCGAUGAAGAUCAUCAGCAUCAUCAUCAUCAGAGCAUCAUCAUAGUCGACGAGAGGAAACAGAGGAGGAUGCUUUCAAACAGAGAAUCCGCUAGGAGGUCGAGGAUGAGGAAACAGAGACAUCUUGAUGAACUCUGGUCUCAGGUGAUAAGGCUUCGCAACGAGAACAACUGUCUUAUUGAUAAGCUGAACCGUGUAUCGGAGACUCAAGAUAGCGUAUUGAAGGAGAAUUCUAAACUCAAAGAAGAAGCUUCUGAACUCCGACAACUUGUAUGUGAACUAAAAUCUAACAAGAACAGCGACGAUGACAACAACUUUGUAAGAAAGUUAUCGGAAUGAGAUUGUGGUUUCUUUGUAUCAACAGAAAAGAUCAAUGGGGUUUUGGGUUUUGGUUCUUUCUCGAAUAUAAAGUUGGUGAUAAUCAUAUAUUAGUAUAUUAUAUUGUAUGCAUACUAUAUAUAUUGAAGUUAGAUAAUAUAACUUAUAGUUCUUGAGCGA